AUGCUGAAAGCAGGAAACACGUUGAAGAUACUCUCAAAACAGAGUAACAAUGUACGAUUACUGGCCACUGCCGUUGGUUAUAAGCAGGCAUUAGUUAACAUACCUCCGACUAGGCUGACAGUCCUAGAUAAUGGAAUCCGUGUCGCCUCUGAAGAUUCUGGCAGCCCCACGGCGACUGUAGGCCUCUGGAUUGAUGCAGGGUCAAGGUAUGAAACGUCGAAGAAUAAUGGUGUAGCUCAUUUCCUUGAACACAUGGCCUUUAAAGGUACUAGUAAAAGAUCACAGACUGAUUUAGAGCUGCUCGUUGAGAACAUGGGAGCACACUUAAAUGCCUAUACUUCCCGGGAACAGACUGUGUUCUAUGCUAAAUGUCUGGCAAAUGAUGUACCAAUUGCGGUUGAAAUUCUUGCUGAUAUCAUCCAGAACUCCUCACUCGCUGAACCCGAAAUCGAACGAGAGCGCGGCGUUAUCCUGCGCGAAAUGCAAGAUGUAGAAAGCAACUUACAAGAAGUUGUGUUUGAUCAUCUCCAUGCCACAGCCUUCCAAGGUACUCCUUUAGGUCAGACUAUUCUUGGACCUUCCAAGAACAUUAAGAAAAUUUCUAAGGCUGAUCUUCAACAAUACAUCAAGACGCAUUAUCAACCUACCCGUAUAAUUCUCUCUGGUGCUGGUGGAGUUGAACAUGAAAGACUUGUAGAUCUAGCCUCUAAGCAUUUCAGUGGAUUGAAAAAUACUGCUUUAGAUAUUCCAGAAUUAGCCCCAUGUAGAUAUACUGGAUCUGAAAUCAGGGUCCGUGAUGACUCAAUGCCACUUGCACAUGUAGCAAUCGCUGUGGAAGGAGCCGGUUGGACCGAAGCUGACAACAUUCCUCUCAUGGUGGCCAAUACUCUUGUUGGAGCUUGGGAUCGUUCACAAGGCGGCGGUCUCAAUAAUGCUUCUUAUUUGGCUCGUGCAGCAUCAUGUGAAAAUCUUUGUCACAGUUUCCAAUCAUUUAACACAUGUUACAAAGAUACUGGCCUGUGGGGUAUUUACUUUGUAGGGGAACCUUUACAACUGGAAGAUAUGUUAUACAACAUUCAAAAGGAAUGGAUGAAGCUUUGUACGUCAGUUACUGAAGGGGAAGUUGAGAGAGCUAAGAAUCUGCUCAAAACCAAUAUGCUCCUUCAGCUGGAUGGCACCACACCUGUGUGUGAAGAUAUUGGACGUCAAAUGCUUUGCUACAACCGUCGCAUUCCAGUUCACGAACUCGAUGCUCGUAUUGAAGCAGUCACUACACAGAAUGUCCGUGAUGUCUGUAGCAAAUAUCUGUAUGACCGUUGCCCAGCUGUUGCUGCAGUUGGACCUACUGAAGCAUUACCAGAUUACACCAGGAUUCGCGCUGGAAUGUAUUGGCUUAGAGCA